CCAGCUGCUUCGGAGAGGCGACCGCUAUCUGACUAGUGUACGAUAGCCGAACACAGCGCGGUUUCCCUGUGUCGUUUUCCCGACCCCAUGUGUUCCGCCCUGCUGUGGCCGGGCUCUCCGCUGUCUCCGAAGCUUCGCGAGGACUCGGAUUCCAGCUCGAAGGCGGGAGAACGAAUCUGUCCGGCAAACCUCCCGUCACUUGGCAUCAUCGUGCCCACGUCCAGGAGCGCUCUAUUUUUGGCAUCAAGAAGAUAUAUGCACUACAUAUUCCACAAGGAGCACAAGCUUGUCCCCAUCGACGCAAUACUACUGUGGCAUGUACCGAUCCUAAAGCUCACCUGCAAUGGGCUUCUCAACGCCCCUCAGUGUUCCAGCCCACCCAAGAUUCGGCUGCAGAAGCGAGGCACCGGAAGGGCAAUCUGGCAAAAUGCGCCGGUUGAAUCGUGUGCAGAUCAUAUGAUGCAGCGCGUGCGCUCCCGGGAAUGCGGUUUGCUGGUCAAUAGUAUAAUAUCAGCGCCAGCGCUUUCACUUGCAUCGGCUGCCUUCCAACGACCGUCCUGUGCGCGGGUAGUGACGGAACAGCGGCCUGUUCGGGGGCCGCUCGGAUGGGGGGCUGUUGCGUCGUCCGUCCGCGUACGGGCUGACUACCUGAGAGGCUGGAGGCAUCUGUCAUAUACUACUCCUACGUGGAGCGAGUAGACAUCGUGACUGUCACUGUGCCGGCUGAUGAAUGAUGAAUCACGUUAGGCCAGGUACCGAUUUUCUGCGCGGGAUAACCGGGCAGUAGGUGCUCUGGCUACGUUAGUGACUGCAAGCUCAGCCCUUUUCGAGCGCAAGGGACAGGCGGGCCUGCCAUGCUUGCCCUAGUUAGUGUAAGGUAGUUUUACUCCAACCAGUCCGUCGCCGAAAGCUGGGGAUAAGCGGACUCACUCGCAUUUAUGAAGCGCGGGUGCUGGCGCGCUGAUGCACAUUCUGCCCUAUACCGUCAGUACCCGAGUUCAAUGCAUG